UGUACGAAGCACAACGUGGUUUAGGAGAGGUAGUACGGCACAGCGUGAAGAAGCGUAGAUAUAUUUAUUUUAUCAAUUUCAUAUAUAAUCAUGACAGAAGGCAAACCAUCAAAGAAGUCGGCGAAAAGCCUGCUUUCUUUGAAUCCAAAGGAGGACGCAGAGUUUCGGAAGAAGGUUCAGCAAGUAAAGAAAGGUCCUAAAACGGGUAAGGCGCUUUCUCCUGGAGUGGUUUACGUUGGUCAUCUUCCUCGAGGAUUGUUCGAACCUCAGUUAAAAUCUUACUUUGAGCAGUUUGGCAAAGUCACACGAUUAAGAGUUUCCAGGAGUAAAAAGACUGGAGGAAGCAAAGGCUAUGGAUUUGUGGAGUUUGAGUGUGAUGAGGUGGCUAAGAUUGUGGCUGAGACCAUGAACAACUACCUAAUUGGAGAACGACUCAUAAAGUGUCAAAUGAUGCCACCCGAGAAGGUCCAUGAAAAGCUAUUUGUUGGUUCCAGGAUGCCCUUCAAGAAGCCAAAGCAGCCUGCAGUUACUCGAUAUAACAAACGGCAUACGGAAGAUGAUCUGACGAAAGUUAGCACAAAGCUUUUAAGCAAAGAGUCUAAACUACGCAAGAGACUGGCGGCAAAGGGCAUCGACUAUGAUUUUCCAGGAUUUGCAGCUCAGAAACCUGCCAAGAAAGCCCAUACGGAAGGUGAUGUUUCAGUAUGCAGUGAGGAUGUCACUCCAGUGUGCACCCCUUCAGUUUUGGAAAGGAGGAAGUCGAUCAGAGUUGAGGAUGAUGAUGAUGAUGACGAAAUAGUCAUCAAAGCCAAAUCAGUUCCUGAAAACAGCGAAGAUGUGGAAGAGAGCGAGGAAGAGUCUGAUGAGGAGGAGGAGGAGGAGAGUGAAGAAGAGCAUACGGCUUAAAAGGAGAAUUUAAUUACUAACAAAGAGACUUAAAUCCCUGUUUUAGAAGGGACACUGGACUCACUGUUUCAGAGCCAUUUGUAUGUGAUUAGUUCUCAGUCCUCCCCUGUGGCUGGAGAAGAGGAUCGAACUCAUUAUCCUGAUUAUCAGGCAUCUGUUUUGAGGUGUUCUUUAUGCAGAUGUUGUACCCAUUAUCUUUAUGGGGUACAAUGUGGUCUCCCAGAGG